CAAUAGAGAAAUUUGUCUCAAAAAACAAACAAACAAAAGUACGUAUUUGCGUUCAUGCUCAUAACAUAUAUUCACUGAUGUAGGUCUUAGGUCACUUUCUUUUCUCAUAGAGAAUAUAUUAGAUAAUAUUUCCGUGUUUAAAAAUAUUUAAUUAGAUAAUUUUAGUUACUCCUGUAAGUUAUAACCAGUUCUCUUUAGUGUCGCAUUUCACCUUGAGUCAAAUUGAAAAUUCUGCCCAUGGUUGUUACAGAAUAUCCAAGAGACCGGAGAGACUAAUGGGUGAAACGAUUUUAUUGAGGUGGCCACCGGCUCAGAGGAUUAGCAUUCUAAGUGCGAGCCCUGGGAGAAGAGAAUGGGGUACUUUUAUACAUCCAGGAUUACAUAGCAGCUAACAGGUUUACAGAAGUGAGAACAAAGAACAAUUAAUUUGCAACAUGUCUUAUGAUAUGUGUUACAUUUAAAAAAUAGCUUUUUGAGAAAUGCAUUGUACAUUCUUUGGGUGUUAUCUUGCCCUUUGACCUUGCAGCUGGUUAGCAAGAGAAACGGGAGUCCUGAGAUACCCGGGAACUUUGCUGAGAAUGUGGGGAGAAUAGAUAAGAUAGGUUUUACAGGGAUUUAAUUUUAAGUAGAGCUGGGGGUUAGGUUUUAUAUUAAACGGCACACAACACACCAAAAUUUACUUUAUUAUGUAGCAACUAUAAAUAAUAAGGUUUUGUUUUACUAUUCUUGAUAUUAUUUAAUUCCCUUCUUCAUGAUCACUUGGUAAAUGUGUGUAUGUUUUUCAGGGACCAUUGACAUUUAUGGAUGUAGCCAUAGAAUUCUCUCUGGAGGAGUGGCAGUGCCUGGACACAGCACAGAAGAAUUUAUAUAGAACUGUGAUGUUAGAGAACUACAGAAACCUGGUCUUCCUGGGUGUUUCUGUAUCUAAUUUAGACCUGAUCACGUGUCUGGAGAAAGGAAAAGAACCCUGGAAUAUGAAGAGAUAUAAGAUGGGAGCCAAACCUCAAGUUUUGAGUUAUUUUCCCAAAGACCUUUGGCUGGAGCAAAACAUAAAAAAUUCCUUCCAACAAGAGAUACUGACAAGAUAUGGAAAAUGUGGACAUGAGAAUUCACAAUUAAGUAAAGGUCGUAAACGUGUGGAUCAGUGUAACGUACACAAAGGAAGUUAUAAUGGACUUGACCAAUGUGUGACAACAUCUCAGAGUAAAAAAUUUCAAUGUGAUAAAUAUGUGGAAGUCUUUCAUAAAUUUUCAAAUUCAAGUACACAUAAUAUAAGACAUACUGGAAAGAAACCUUUCAAAUGUCAAGAAUGUGACAAAUCAUUUUGUAUGCUUUCACAUCUAACUCAACAUAAGAUAACUCACACUGGAGAGAAACCAUAUAAGUGUGAAGAAUGUGGCAAAGCUUUUACUCGAUCUUCAACUCUUACUACACAUAAGAGAGUUCAUACUGGAGAGAAACCCUAUAAAUGCGAAGAAUGUGGCAAAGCCUUUACUCGAUCCUCAACUCUUGCUAUGCAUAAGAGAGUUCAUACUGGAGAGAAACCCUACAAAUGUGAAGAAUGUGGCAAAGCCUUUAAACAGUAUUCAAACCUUACUAGGCAUAAAAAAAUUCAUAGUGAAGCAAAACCAUUCAAGUACGAACAGUGUGGCAAAGCUUUCAAACUAUCCUCCACCUUUACUAUGCAUAAAAUAAUUCAUACUGGAGAGAAACCCUACAAAUGCGAAGAAUGUGGCAAAGCUUUUAACCGAUCCUCCACCGUUACUGUACGUAAGAUAAUUCAUACUGGAGAGAAACCAUACAAGUGUGAAGAAUGUGGCAAAACUUCUAACCGUUCUUCAGACCUUACUAAACAUAAGAUGGUUUAUACUAGAGACCAAUCCUACAAAUUUGAAGAAUGUGGCAAAACUUUUAACCAAUUUGCAACUCUUACUACUCAUAAAAUCAUUCAUACUGGAGUGAAACCUUACAAGUGUGAAAAAUGUGGCAAAGCUUUUAACCAUUCCUCAACCCUUACUAUCCAUAAGAGAAUUCAUACUGGAGAGAAACCCUACAAAUGUGAAGAAUGUGGCAAAGCUUUUAACCGGUCCUUUGCACUUUCUAGACAUAAGAUAAUUCACAUUGGAGAGAAACGUUACAAAUGUGAAGAAUGUGGUAAGGCUUUUAUACAGUCUUCAAGCCUUACUACACAUAAAAGACUUCAUAGUGAAGAGAAACCCUACGAAUGUGAAGAAUGUGGUAAAUCUUUUAAACAUUCCUCAAGCCUUACUAGUCAUAAGAAAAUUCAUACUGAAGGGAAACCUUACAAAUGUGAAGAAUGUGGCAAAGCUUUUAACCGAUCCUCAACCCUUACUGUGCAUAAGAGAAUUCAUACUGGAGAGAAACCCUACAAAUGUGAAAAAUGUGGCAAAGCCUUUACCAAUUCUUCACACCUUGCUAAACAUAAGAAAGUUCAUACUGGAGAGAAACCCUAAAAUUUGAAAUUUGAAAAAUGUGGCAUAGCUUUUAACCGGCCCUGAACUCUUACUAGACAUAAUUCAUACUGGAGAGAAACCCUACAAAUGUAAAGAAUGUGGCAAAGCUUUUAACUGAUCCUCAACUCUUACUAUGCAUAUGAUAAUUCAUACUGGAGAGAAACCCUACAAGUGUGAAAAAUGUGGCAAAGCCUUUAAUAAGUCCUCAAA